CUUCCCUCCUUUGUGCUGACACAAAGCAACAAUGGAUGAUGCUCACGUUGAAGAUGGAGAACACCAUAGCAAAGACGGCGAGGUUGCGCCUGCCCUCAUCUCCGUUCACCCGAACCAGAACUCUGUUGCAGUCGCCUUUGGGGAUUGUGGGGUUACUUUGGUGGAUGAAUCUAAUGAACUUUUUCACAUGGAUUCAAUAAGAGCUAUUCGCUUUGGGGCAAAAGGGAAGCUCUUUGUAUCUGCUGGUGAUGACAAACUUGUUAAAAUUUGGUCUGCCGAGUCUUGGCACUGCAUUGCAACGGUGUUCGUUUCUUGCCUUGCCUUCGUCUACACUCCGGAUUACCCCGAAGGUUUUCUGGUGUCUGGUAGUGGUGAUUCUAGUGCUGGUAUUUUACUUGGUUUCACUUGCUUACUGAAGGCAGGACACUUAAGUUCUGAUGGAAAUAAAGAGGUCUAUGCUGCUGUUACUGAUCUAUGCACAAUCCCAGAUUGUACCCUCAUUGCAGCAGCAAUUCAAAAGUGAGCAUCUGAGUGUUGUAUGUUUUGUCUUUUCUCUUCCACAUGGAGUUCUUGUUUUUGUGUCAAUUAACUUAAAACUCUUACCAAGUUAUGUGUAGCUUCCAAGGAAUAAUGUUGCCGAGCUGGGACCUGUCUUGUCGAACUCUUUCUAUUGUCAAGGUGGUUUCCAUCACGGAAGAAACUUUCAUCCCAACAAGCCCUAGCAGUAGCAUCACAGGAGGAUUGUUAUGGAUGGUAAUUGGCAUCUCCAACCUGCCUCCCGUAUAAAGGUUAUUUUUAGUUUCAAGCAAUGCAGCCCUGCCCCUGCAGAACAUGAGCCGGUUGUGUUAGAAGACAGUAAAAUACCUGGUGCUUUGAAACUGCUCCAGAAACUGCAGUGUGGUUUUUCUGUUUAUGAAAAGGUCUUCUUAGCAGCUGCUGAAACUCUAAGAAGAUCAAUGUGCAAUUUGUUAAUUAAGAAGCAGUAUCCUGAGGGGAACCGAGAAUUUAGAAACAGAACCAGGAAUGAUAGGAAAAUCAAGAGAUGAAUAAAAAUUUUGCUAUUCU